UAAAAGGAGCAGAUAACUCUUUUUCGACCUUGAAAAGAUUGGACGCUGUUUCCGCGUGAUCGGUGGUUGGAUCUAACAGCUAUUAACUCUUUAGACAUGCAGAAGAAUCAUCACUGAGCAGCUGUGGAGUCAGCCUGUGGUCAUCCAGCACUAAAAUUACAAACUUACCAAUCAUGUUGGUGAAAAGUUGCAGAAUUGUUUCCUGUUCAAAACCAUGUCAUCUUUCACUGAAAUACUUAUCUGCCCUCUCCUCCAACAGAAGGAGCAAACACCCAUCAACAUUAUACAGAAAAGAUAACAACCUGCCUGCUGUUACAGAGACAUCCAGUCUCGAUACGGGUACAGGCACAUGUUUGGGAAUUGUACAUCAAAUGAAAAAUGAACCUGGCAUAGUUUACACAGGUAUUUAUUCAGAAAAAGUAACUCCGUCCAUACCUACAGUCUCAAAAUGUGGAUUGAGACCUCUGUAUGAUUCGACAUCUUCAUUAGACAGCUAUAAUGGUGUUCCUCACUGUCGAUUUUAUCAUUCGCUUGGAAAGAAAAUGUUGAUGGGUCAUCCGCUGUUAUCUACUGAGGUCUUUCAGCGUGACGGUUCGAAGAAACUGAGCAUGUCACUGAAGUCUAUUCUAGAUGCGUCUCCACCCUCGAUACAGCCAUAUUUGAAACUAAUUCGCUUUGAUAAGCCCAUCGGAUCAUAUCUUCUGUUCUGGCCAUGUGCGUGGAGUAUUGGGAUAGCUGCGGAUCCUGGCCACUUGCCAGACUUGUACAUGCUGAUGCUGUUUGCUGCUGGAGCAUUCUUUAUGCGUGGAUCGGGCUGCAUAAUCAAUGACAUGUGGGAUAAAGACUUUGACAAAAAAGUGGAGAGAACUAAGCUGCGACCUCUCGCCUCCGGAGAGAUCACGCACUUCCAAGCGUUGGUUUUCCUGGGAUCCCAGCUGGGUCUGGCUCUUGCCAUACUACUUCAACUCAAUACCUACAGUAUUCUGCUGGGAGCUUCUUCAAUGGGUUUAGUGAUAGCUUAUCCUCUCGCUAAGAGAUUUACGAACUGGCCACAAGUCAUGCUAGGUCUGACGUUCAACUAUGGGGCUAUUCUCGGGUUCUCUGCUGUCAAGGGACAUACCGACUGGCUACUAAUUUUGCCAUUGUAUGCAGGGUGUAUAGCAUGGACUCUAAUUUAUGACACCAUCUAUGCUCACCAAGAUAAGUAUGAUGACAUGCUUAUUGGUGUGAAGUCCUCAGCCCUGGCUCUCGGUGACAAGACGAAGCCCGUCCUCACGGUGUUUGCCAGCAUCAUGAUUGGUGGGCUGUCUCUGACGGGCUAUCUCAGCGAUCAGACCUGGCCAUUCUAUGCUGCUGUCGCCACCACGGCAGCACACUUGUCUCACCAGCUCUACACUGUAAAUCUGGAUGAUGCUGAUGACUGUGCCACCAAAUUCCGAUCUAAUAUCCAUGUUGGUAUGCUGAUGUUCCUAGGUGUUGUCCUUGGAACACUCAUGAAGAAUCCCGCAAAUACAGUCAAACCCGACAUCAAUGAAGAGGAUAAGACCGAAAAACUAAAAAUCUAAAACCACUUUAUUAUUAUUUUGACAGUUUAUUUUUAACUAUAGAACCAAUACAUUGUAUCUAAAACCACCUAACUAUAUUGACAAUUUCUCUUUCAUGUUGAAGCUACAUUGUUAAGAAGUCUUGUUAUGGUGUAUAUAAAUAUUGUAUUUUGUAA